AGGGAGGAGACAAGACAAAGGAGAGAAGAAAGAAGAGGGCGAGAAACAGCUGCAGCAGCAGCAGGCAAAGGAAGGAAGGAAUGAAUGAAACUACUGGUUUUGGAAAUUAGCCAAUCGUCUCCUUCUCCGCUCUCCACUGCGCCCUUGGCCAGUUCGCCCCCUCUAAAAAAAUUCCAUUUUCCGGUUCUCCCUAUGUUUCUCUACCCAGUCUUACGCAAAACUCCCUCUCCAAUGGAUUCAAUUAAUUUGUCAUUCUCUCAUUCAUUUCUCUCCCUCUCUCUCUCCUCCCUCUCCCCAAUUGCCCGCCAUUGCUACUGCUUCUUCUUCUUCGUCCUCCUUUUGGCCUCAGGGUUUCUCGUCCUGGGCCAUGGUUCGCCGAAUUCUGGAAGUGACCAAUCCGCCGUCUCCGAGUAAGCUUCCUGAGCCGCGCGGUACCGCUUCGCCUUCUCCGAUGAGUUCUUCCGCAUUGUUCUUCUUCGCCGGCGUUCUGGUCGUCCUCGUUAUUGUGUUGAUCAUCAUCACCCUCUUCUGGAAGUUCAUGAAAUUGAACGAGAUGACCACCAAGUUCGCCAAGAAAGACAAUUCGCUGCCGCCUCAAGGAGUGGCAUCCGAGGUUCUGAGUGGAACUCUCAGAACGAUUAGCUACUUCAAUUUCCAGACGCUAAAGAAGGCAACCAAGAAUUUUCAUGCUGAUAAUCUCCUGGGAAGAGGUGGAUUUGGCCCGGUUUAUCGGGGCAAACUGAGAGACGGUCGAACAGUGGCCGUGAAAAAGCUGUCGUUGGAUAAAUCACAACAAGGAGAAUCAGAGUUCCUAGCGGAAGUGAGAAUGAUCACUAGCAUUCAACACAAGAACUUGGUACGUCUACUCGGAUGUUGUUCCGAUGGGGAACAACGCCUACUUGUCUAUGAAUACAUGAAGAACAGGAGCUUGGACCUCAUAGUUUAUGGGAACAACAAUCAAUUCAUGGAUUGGAACACAAGGUUCCAGAUAAUCCUCGGCAUAGCUCGAGGCCUACAAUACCUGCACGAAGAUUCCCCUCUGAGAAUCGUUCACAGAGACAUCAAAGCGAGCAAUGUUCUCCUAGACGACAAGUUCCAGCCUCGGAUCAGCGAUUUCGGGCUGGCCAGAUUCUUCCCUGAAGACCAAGCUUAUCUCAGCACCACAUUUGCAGGAACCUUGGGGUACACAGCCCCAGAGUAUGCGAUCAGGGGCGAGCUGUCCGAGAAGGCCGACAUCUACAGCUUUGGCGUGCUCCUUCUCGAGAUCAUCUGUUGUAGGAAGAACACAGAUCUCAGCUUACCAUCAGAGCAGCAGUACCUUCCUGAAUACGCGUGGAAGCUAUACGAGAAAAACAAGGUGAGUGAGCUGAUAGAUCCGAGGCUUCGACAACAAGGGAUCGAGGACAGAGACGUUGUGCACGUGAUCCACGUGGCGUUCUUGUGCCUUCAGCCGCUGGCGAACCUGAGGCCUCCGAUGUCUGAGGUGGUGGCGAUGCUAACGUGUAAAGCUGAUACAGGGACACCCCUAAAGCCAGCAUUCUUGGAUAAGCGGAGGAGAGCAGAAGGGAGCUUCUCUUGGGAUGUAAUCUCAGAGGCUUUCCCUUCUCCCUAUGGGAGUCUGGAAUCUCAUCCUGCAUCAAGAGCAAAGUAAGAGGCUGAUAAACAAAGAGGUAGCUUGAUGUUCAAGUAAGCUAAAAAAAAAAAAACAAAGCAAAGACAUUGUAAUUAAUCCCUAAUCCGGAAGACAUCCAGUAUUCUUGUGAAGUUCAUGAAGUAGGGAGUAAGUAGAACUAGGGUUUUCUUCCUUUUUCCCCCUUUUUUGAAAUUUCACUAGGACCCUCUCAAUUUCAUAGGUUAUAGGAAGUCCACACAACAUUUGAACUAACACCUUGUGUAGAGAGAAACAGGUGUGUUUCCCCCCCAAUCAAGUGAUGAAAUGUUCAAAAUUUCAUCCAACUAUGUUCUGAAUCCGAUUGAUUAAUUCGUAAUAAGCACAUCUGGAAUG